CAAAUCGUAAGAGAGAGAAGAAAAAACCUCGAAACCCAGAGAGAGUGGGAGAGAGAGAGAGGAAGACGAAGAAGAAGGGAAGGGAGAAAGGUAAGAGAUGGCGAGAUAUGAUCGAGCAAUCACCGUGUUUUCCCCCGACGGCCACCUCUUCCAGGUAGAGUACGCCCUCGAAGCCGUUCGUAAGGGUAACGCCGCCGUCGGAGUUCGUGGCUCCGACACCAUCGUCCUUGCUGUCGAGAAGAAAUCCACCCCCAAGCUCCAGGAUUCCAGAUCGGCCAGAAAGAUUGUGAGCCUCGAUAAUCACAUUGCGUUGGCCUGUGCUGGGCUAAAGGCAGAUGCUCGUGUCCUGAUAAACAGAGCAAGGAUCGAGUGUCAAAGCCACAGGCUUACUGUAGAGGACCCAGUGACUGUUGAGUACAUCACCCGGUACAUAGCUGGGCUUCAACAGAAAUAUACUCAAAGUGGAGGUGUGAGACCCUUUGGUCUUUCGACUCUUAUCGUCGGCUUUGACCCAUACACUGGUGUACCCUCGCUUUAUCAGACCGAUCCAUCUGGUACUUUCUCUGCCUGGAAAGCCAACGCAACCGGGAGAAACUCAAACUCGAUCAGGGAGUUUCUCGAGAAAAACUUCAAAGAAACCUCUGGGCAAGAAACUGUUAAGCUCGCUGUCCGUGCUUUGCUUGAGGUAGUGGAGAGCGGGGGAAAGAACAUAGAGGUAGCGGUAAUGACAAAAGAGCAUGGACUUAAGCAGCUAGAAGAGGCCGAAAUCGAUGCAGUUGUGGCUGAGAUAGAGGCAGAGAAGGCAGCUGCAGAAGCCGCGAAAAAGGCCCCUCCCAAGGAAACAUGAACGACAUCAUGGUCACUGCCUGGGUUUGCAGUCACAGGUAGCAGAGUCAUUUCUCGUUUGGUAAGUGUUUUAAUGUUGGGUUUCUGAUAUGAUCAGGAAUGUUGAACCGUUUGAAUAUGUUCCAUGUUGAAUUUGAUUUGGUAAGACAUUGGCGUCAUCGUGGCACAUUUGAUUAUGUCGAAUCAAGAAAUGGAGAAACAUUUGUCCGAGAGCAAAGGUCACGGCCGGCUUGACCGUCAAAGCAAAGUGAAUGAUGGGUGGCAGCCGUGGGGCUUUCCUCCUUUGCUUUUA